CCAUGCUCCCUUGGUUCAUGUUAAAUGAGAGAGAACAAAAAAUGGAGAUUGAGGACACAUCAAGUGGAGUGUCUAUUGGGUUUCCUCUUGGUUUAGCUCUUCUCGUUGUCUUGUUAUUGUUCAUGUGCUGCUUCUUUUGCUGCUGCUUGCAUUGGGAAAAGCUCCAACCCAUGUUUCCUUUUUCUGGAGUUAUCAACACUCAUGACCCUCACACACCACCACACUUAACUCCCCCUCAUCACAAACCGGGCUUUCCUGUCUUGAUGCUGAAGCAUAAGGGAGGUGAGAGCUUGCCCGUUCUGAUGCCAGGAGAUGAGGUUCCAAGGUUCAUAGCCUUAGCAUGCCCAUGUCAGCCUCCAACAAAUGAAAGAAUCACAAUCCAUGUGCAGAAGGCAUCAUCAAAUGGUUAUUGUGGCGGUGCAUGAAGGGGAAUUAAUGAAAAACUAAUUAAAGCCUUCAUUAAAAUACCAUGUUGCAAUUAGCAAACCCAUCGAAAGUUCCUCAACCAUAUGUGGAUAGCUUUGUCCUGAAAGAGAGGAUCAACCAAAAAGCUCGCGGGGUUAAAGUCCUGAUUGGGAAAUUAAAGCUGUGCAUCGUCGACUCUGAAUAACUUUCAUUUUCCUUUUGGAAGGGCACCGGUGUUGUGUUGUGCAUAAUAUAUAUCAUGCACUCUGCAGUAUAUAUAAAAUUAUAUUGAUCUUCUGCUAAAUUUACUAGUUGGUAACGAGAUCUAAUGAGAAUCCUUGUAAAAGAUUGCAUACGUUCGAAGUCAUUAGCUAAGGAAAUUAUGUUUGCUGAAACAAUUCAAACAUUUGUAUGAUGAAAAGAUUCAAUAAAUUAAUAAAAGCUCUGUUUUUAUCAUGUAUUA